GGGCACACGGAAGGACGUUUGAGACGCCUCGUGGGUGGGAUUUACUCAAGGUUGAAGGGGUAGUUUUUUUUAUUGUAAAGUAGUACUAGUAAGAAUAGAAUAACCCCUAAAGAAGAAGAAAAAGAAGAAAGAAUAGAAAACAAACUGCCAGCUGUCCGCCGGACUUUUGUUUAUUUUUCGUUCUGUCAGUUCUGAGGUCGCCAAUUGAAUUCGGGGAUCCUUAACGUUACCAGGUCAUUGAUCCUACAGUGAAGAGCUUGUGUCUGUGUGUGUGCGUGUGUGUGUGUGUGUCUGACUGACUGCUUAAAGAAAUCAACAUGGUCUUUGCCUAUAUAAAAGGCAUUGGAAAGCAGCUUCUGCGAGUGAAGGUGGUGGACUGCAGCACAGAAGAGUCUCGUCUUGCCCGAUGCCUCAACACCUUUGACCUGGUGGCCCUGGGAGUGGGCAGCACAUUGGGCGCUGGUGUCUAUGUGUUGGCCGGGGCCGUGGCACGGGAAAACGCCGGUCCAGCUAUCGUCCUCUCUUUUCUGAUCGCAGCAUUAGCCUCAGUGAUGGCCGGACUGUGUUACGCUGAGUUUGGAGCACGUGUUCCCAGAACGGGCUCGGCGUAUCUGUACAGCUACGUGACGGUGGGCGAGCUGUGGGCCUUCAUCACCGGCUGGAACCUCAUCCUGUCUUAUAUCAUAGGAACGUCCAGUGUCGCUCGGGCCUGGAGUGCGACAUUUGAUGAGCUUAUUGGCAAUCAUAUAGAACAUUUCUGCAGGUUACACUUCAGAAUGAAGGUCCCUGGAGUAUUAGCAGAGUAUCCCGACAUGUUUGCUGUGCUCAUCAUCCUCACACUGACAGCUUUGUUGGCGUUUGGGGUGAAGGAGUCCGCUAUGGUCAAUAAAGUGUUCACCUGCAUCAAUGUCCUGGUCCUGAUGUUUGUGGUCGUGUCGGGCCUGAUCAAAGGAACCCUCAAAAACUGGAGCCUGGAUCCUAAGGGGAUCCUCAACCAAACAUCCUAUGAGAAUACGUCACAGCCGUUGCCGUCUGAAGAGAGUUUGGGUGUUGGUGGUUUCAUGCCGUUCGGUUUCUCUGGAGUUCUGUCUGGUGCUGCCACCUGUUUCUAUGCUUUUGUCGGGUUCGAUUGUAUCGCCACAACAGGUGAGGAGGUGAAGAAUCCUCAGAGGGCGAUACCCAUUGGCAUUGUAGCAUCUCUUCUCAUCUGUUUCGUCGCCUACUUCGGCGUAUCAGCCGCCCUCACGAUGAUGAUGCCGUACUACAUGCUGGAUAAGAACAGCCCUCUUCCUGUGGCCUUCAAAUAUGUGGGCUGGGAAGGAGCGACGUACGCAGUAGCCGUUGGUUCCCUUUGUGCUUUGUCCACCAGUCUGCUGGGCUCCAUGUUCCCACUGCCACGCAUUAUCUUUGCCAUGGCAAAUGACGGUCUCCUCUUCAGCUUCCUGUCUCACAUCAGUGAGAGGAAGACGCCCAUCAUCGCCACCAUGGCGGCCGGGUUUCUGUCCGCGGUGAUGGCUUUCCUGUUUGAUCUGAAAGAUCUGGUUGAUCUCAUGUCCAUUGGCACUCUGCUGGCUUACACACUAGUCGCGGCCUGUGUCCUGGUCUUGAGGUACCAGCCAGAGCAGCCCAGUGUGAAUGUCCAGUAUCAGAGAGCCAGCUGUCAGGAGGAAACCGAGGCCGACUCCAUCAAUGAGAGCAGUGCUGGUUUCCUGCCUGGAUCUCAAGAUCUCUGCACCCUCAGCAACCUUCUAUCCCCCAAAAACGAAGAGCCGUCGCGUCUCUCUGGCUUCACCGUCAACAUCUGCACCAGUAUAUUAGGUGUUCUGGUGUGUGUGUUCUGUGUCGUGGCGGUUCAGGGUGGAUUUCAGAUCUGGGCUCUUACGGUUCUUGCCGGUCUGGCUGUGGUUUGUUUCAUCAUCACCAUGUUAAUAGGGCGGCAGCCUGAGAGCAAGACAAAACUGUCUUUUAAGGUCCCUCUGCUGCCGUUCCUUCCUGUCCUCAGCAUGUUCAUUAACGUGUACCUGAUGAUGCAGCUGGACGCAGGCACCUGGAUGCGCUUCGCCAUUUGGAUGGUCAUAGGUUUUGUUAUUUAUUUCGGCUAUGGAAUCUGGCACAGCACAGAGGCGGCUUUGGCCAGUAACGACACGGAAGAAAUCAACACCUUCAAACGGACAAUGACAGACGAACCAGCCACACCGGAGAAAGAGGCUUUCUUGAGCAACGGUAUUAAUGUCAGAGCAGAGGAGAGCAGUGACCCUUGAGAAAACACUUGAAAAACCCUGUUACCGAUGGCAUUGUGUGCUCACUAUAGCGAUGUAUGUGACUUACAACAACUGAAACGUCCAAACUGAGAGCUGCUAUUGACGUUCAAGACAAUGUCCUUUAUGUGUUACUGUAGGUCCGAAGCACCUUUAAGCAGCAUUACAACAUGUGCCUAUUAUUAUUUGCCUGUUAUUCAGGUCAAACGUGAAGGACAGAAUGAAUGAUUAUGAUGUGUACAUAAGGAUGCAUACUGCAUCAUUGGAACUGUCGGUUCUUCCAUUGUCGAAUUGGUUUAUUUUUAUCUAUUUAUUUUUGUAGCAUGUUGCUGUCAUGCUUGAUAAAAUUGUUUUGUGCAAAACAUAUUGCGUUGUUACCCAUAAUUCCCUUUUUUGGUGUGAGUUUUGUAUGUAAUUUACUGAUGUCGAGUUAUUCAGAAAGACCUCUGCUGAUAGCAACACAAAAAUGACUCUUCUUAAGAAGAAAUAUUCAUUUGACUUUCUAUGAGGUUUCAAAUAUUUAUUUAGCUGACACAAGGUGCUUUAAUUCAACUUUCUCAAUCUGAGAAGGGGGUAUCAUGCUGCAAAUCAGUUAUGCUGUUAAGUCAGAGACAUUUUUAUCAUUGGUUGGUCUGUAACUCUCCAGUGCCUUUUCUCACCCUUGUUUAUUGACAGUCCUAAUGUCUCCUCGCACUGACAAUGACCUUUAGUGGCUGAUACGAGUGCCUCCUCUCAGACUGUGAAGCAGUUGCCAAACCUUUUAUCAAUUAAAGACUUGGAUCUGGGAAAAUCUCUGUUCAGAGGGAUUCUAAUGCUUGUUUGUUCAGUUCAGCUCUUGUGUGCAUGCUGAUUCUCUCUUCGCUGUUUUACAUUUGCAUCUGGUGUUGGGCUAAAUAUUUUUGUACAGUUUUUUGGGGGGGGACUUUUGUGUUGUGCUUUUAUUGUCCAAAUUUUAGUCUGUUUGUGUGAAGGCAAAAAGCCAAAGAAUUCAUUAUGAUUUGAUUUGAAACUGCAUUAUUUUAUUGAUAAGUUGCAUAAAAAAAGAAGCCUUAACAGAACUUUUGGAAACACUGAUGCCUUAUUGCAUGUGUCACAGUCACAGUAUGUUUUCUACGUCGUAUUUUAAGUAAUUGAAUAAAUGAAAACUUGAUUGUUAAUACCACAAUUAAGCGAACUGCAAAUUUACUGUAAAUAUCAGCUGUUUUUUUUUUUGCAUUAUUUUCUUGGUUAUAAGGAAAGUUUCCCGGGUUUUUUUUUUUUGUUUGUUUUUUUGUACACUGCAGAUAUUUAAACUGGUUUGAUUUAAUGUCAGUUGUGUAUAUUUUAACACCAAAUGUGAGUACCUUGAAAACAGCGUUGUCAUGUGCAGAGCUGUGUCCCUCCUGUAAAUAAAUUUGAGAGCAAUGCUUUUACACCUA